GAGCCCACAACUCGACAUAAUUUGUCAGCAAUCACAAGUAGAACAUGUACAUAAACCCAUCCGAGGAUCACCCUAAGAAGUGCACAGUACAGUAGUAUGGUCGUCAUUGAGGAUUACCCAGGAUGGAGAGGAAGACAUACACAUUAAGAGACAUAGAGGACGAGGACUGAUAUAUAAAAGAGGAGAGCCAGAGUGAAUACAACAGUUUUGCGAGCAGUGAAAAUAAGGUAAUUUUCCUUUGCAAACAAUUGUCAGGAAACAAAUUCAGUAAGAAUAGCCUGUAAACAUACCAAGUACAACCUCAAGUUAACCUCUUCAUCAUGCAACAAUAACUUGGUAUUUACUGCAGUAGUAACCUAGUCAUUAGUGCUGGUCGUGUAGUAUAAUUGUCAACUGUAUUUACACUCACCUUGAUAUUACAGAUAUUACAUAAUCAACAUUAGCUUAUGCUCAAUAAGUUUCAGCUUUUCAACAAUACUGUAAUAGAUUACCGUAUCCUGAUAUUUGGCUGUGGAUGUUGUGAAGUAAGUGUCAGGACACAAGAAAGCCCAUACACAAAAGACCUUGUUCAAUGUUUCAUUGGCCUUUGUUGAGAAAAGUGAUAAGAUGGAGUCUUACUCAGAAGAACAGUCACUUCAUUGUUCAGAAUGCUUUAAAGUAUUUAAAAAAAAAUCUCAGUUAGAAAGACAUACGAAAGUUCAUACAGGAGAGAAAUCGGUUCAUUGUCCAGAGUGUCAUAAAGGUUUGUCAUGUAAAUCUCAUCUAGAAGCACAUCUGAGAGUUCAUACAGGAGAGAAACCAUUUCAGUGUCCAGAAUGUCACAAAGAUUUCUCAGAAAAAUCCUCUUUGGUAAGACAUAUGAGAGUUCAUACAGGAGAGAAAGCAGUGUACUGUCCAGAGUGUCAUAAAGGUUUGUCAUGUAAAUCUCAUCUUGAUGCACAUCUGAGAGUUCAUACAGGAGAGAAACCAUAUCAGUGUCCAGAAUGUCUCAAAGAUUUCUCAGAAAAAUCCUCUUUGGUAAGACAUAUGAGAGUUCAUACAGGAGAAAGACCAUUUCAGUGUUCAGAAUGUCCUAAAGGCUUUUCAAGUCAUCCACAUCUUGUAACACACAUGAGAUUUCAUACAGGAGAGAAACCAUUUCAGUGUCCAGAAUGUCUAAAGGGAUUUUCAGAAAAAUCUUCUUUAGUAAAACAUAUGAGGCUUCAUACAGGAGAGAAGGAGUUUCGGUGUCCUGAGUGUCUUAAAGAUUUCAGAGAAAGACAUCAAUUAGUAAGACAUUUACGAGUCCAUACAGGAGAUAAGCCAUAUCAGUGUCCCGAGUGUCUUAAAGACUUCUCAGAAAAAUCUUCUUUAGUAAAACAUAUGAGAAUUCAUACCGGGGAGAAACCUUAUCACUGUUCAGAAUGUCUUAAAGAUUUUUCACGUCAAUCUCAUCUAGUAACACACAUGAGAGUUCAUACUGGAGAGAAACCGUUUCAGUGUACAGAAUGCCUGAAAGGCUUUUCAGAAAAAUCUUCUUUGGUGAAACAUAAGAGAGUUCAUACAUGAUAGAAACCAUUCCAGUUUUCAGUGUUACAAGUUAUUCAGAUAAAUUACAUCUGGUAGAACAUAUGAAAGAUCUUAUAGAGAAAGUUUUUUAUUUUUUAUUUAAUGUACCGUAUAUACAUGUGUAUAAUAGUUUGACCCCUGAUUUUGGGGUAAAAAGCCUGAUUUUUCCAUACAGUAUACCUCUUGUAUAAUUGAACCCUAGCUUUUGAGAAAUACUAGAUGUUAUACUAGACAUAAUUUGUAGCAAGACACUAGAUUAACACCAACGUGUCUUUGCCAUGACCACCACCACAACUUGUGAUGCUAUGAAACUGAAUUCCCGCCAGUUACUAACUCCUAAGAGGAAUAAGAUAAAAUAACAUAUACCUGUACAGUAAAUUUAAGGAAUAAAUAAAAAAAUAAAAAAUAUUUUCUUCCCAUUUGGCUGCUAGACGAUAAAUUCUGUCAAUCGUUUCACUACACAAGGGAGACAGCUGAGAUCCCUCACUCCCCCCUCCCCCGGUAAAGUGAACUCUUUACACAUGCUUUUGACCUUAUGAUAAACUUUUUUUUUAGCACAUUCUGUAAAAUUGUGUGUACAUGUAACAGUAAAAAAAAAAAAGAAGAAAAUCGCGUAUACUGUAUCUACCCUAAAUUAUGCAUUUAAAAAGAACCAUAACAUCGCUGAUGAGUCAUGGUGUUACUAUUACAUAUACUGUACAAAACUUAAUACUGAAAAACAAGCUGAAAUA